GGCCCGUUGAGGUGCGUUAUCUCAACCUUGUAGUGUGGGUGCGUCAUUUGUUUAUAUGGUUUAUAUAAACCAUUCGUACGGAGGAGAUAUUCGAUUAUCUCGCUCAGAAGUUGCCAAUCACGGAGAUUCGUUUCAAUUGUAUUCCAGACCGACCAUUGUGAUUUUAGUCGUAUCUUUAUGCAAGAGACAGUGGACUCGCCAUUCUCGUGAAUCGACCGAGUAGACAAUGGGAUCGCACUAUUUCAAUCACUGGAAAAUCUGCUGACCUUGACUCACUACUAGGGUACUCUAUAAUCCACUGCAGCAGUGAACUAUUUUGGCCCACAUUAGACGAAUGUUAAUGAGUUAAAGUGAUCCACGGAAAGCCAGUGCUUAUCAUUUUAGUUCUUUUUGUUUGCACGAAAGUUAAAUGACAAGUGUGCUCAGUCGUACUCGGUUACUGUCCCGGUUUAAACUCAACACCGCUGUGCCGCUAGUUCAGAUUUACGCCAGAAAAAUGAGUGAGAGAGCUGAUACCGUGUUGAAUGCUUCCGACAGCUGGUUCAAUAAGUAUGUUGCCGUCGAGGAUGCCCCGGAUGGAAUCUUCAAAGGAGUUUCCGAUCGAUUCAAUGGAAUCACCGUCGAUUCGAAUCUUGAAACGUGUCAUCCAGAGCAAUUUUCGUCAGUUUUACAAAAAUCUCUCUCCCACUGGACAGACAAUAAAAAACGAGGCAUAUGGUUCAAGGUGUACCUGAAUUCUAGUCACUGGGUUCCAGAACUGGUGAAUAGUCAGUUUAAAUUCCAUCAUGCCAAAGACAACUUCGUAAUGAUGUACCGUUGGUUGCCGUCCGAUGAAACUCCAAAUAUCCCACCAUACGCGCACACAAUGGUCGGAGUCGGUGCUCUAGUCCUAAAUGAUACGAAUCAAAUUCUUGUGGUCAGUGAGAAAAACGCACUCAUCAAGGGUUCAUGGAAGCUCCCAGGUGGUUACGUGGAACCAGGUGAAAACUUCGUUGAAGCGGCCAUCCGGGAGGUCCAGGAGGAGACCAACAUCAAAACGAAAUUCGAAUCGGUUGUUUCGUUACGGCAUGCUCACGGUGCCGGCUUCGGGUGCUCUGAUCUGUACAUAGUCAUGGCUCUUGCGCCGGAAAACAGGGAAAUCGUAAAGUGCGACCGGGAGAUUUCCAAAUGUGAAUGGAUGGACAUUGAGGAUUAUUUGCAGCAUCAAAAGGUGCACGAAACCAAUCGUAAUUUUGUCCGUACUUAUCUGAGGUACAAACAGAACGGAUUGAAGUUCAUUUGCAAGGACGAAGUGCAUUCGAUAUUGAAAAAACAAUACAACAUCUACCAAGUAGAGAUCGAAGAUACCAAACUUCCCAAUAGCUCAUUAUAGUCAAAUGAAUAAGAUUCUCAUGGACGAUGAGCCCGACGCAUGUGGUUUGAAAUGCACUGUCGUCAUAUAUUGUUUUGUAAAUAUUUUUUCCAUGGAAAUAAAACAAUGUUGAAUAUUUGAAAA